UUACACCAAUCUGUUGUCAGAUCUCCGGCAAAUCCCGGCAGUGACCGUUGGAUUGUUUUCUUGUCUCUUGAUUUAAGAGCAAUAAUGGCUGGUUCUGGAAAGGUGGAAUUGGAGGGAGGCGUACUCGCGGAGGCACUGAACGAUCUCUUCACAAGCGUAUCCACCAUGAUCAAAGGCGACCUACAGGGUACCAGUAACCUGCUUGAACUUUUGGAGAAGAUGAAUCUUAGGGUGGCUGAGGAAUACAAGGGUUAUGGAGAUGUCGCUUCUGGUUUAAGGGUUUUCGUAGAGCAGUUGAAGGCCAAAAAUGGAAGCUUUGAUGAGUAUGUGCAGCAGAUCGAUUUGAUAGAGAAGCAAGUCAUGGAAUUUGAAGUUGUUAUCUCAAUGCUUGAUAAAUAUGUGUCCUUGUUGGAAUCCAAAGUACAAUUUGCCUAUCAGAAUCCAUCAUCCUAAGAAUGGGAGUUCCGUGUUCGGGGAGAAGAAGAAAAAACUACCCAGAUCUUGAAAUCCUUUCUUCUUCAUCUCCCACUUUGCUUCGUUAACAGUUUGGCUGCUAUGCAAUUCCACCUAUGAAGAAUAAACCCUGUUUUUGGAAUUAAAUCUCAGGGAUUCGGCUAGAUUUGUUAAUGUUAGUUCGACAGGUUUGUUCAUGGUUAUAAGUCGAGCCCAAGUCACCGUUCACCAGAUGGGUCUAAUUUCCUCGGAUCACUGAAUGUCAUGGUUGUCUCUCUCUCUCUUUUCUAAGGAGCUCUUGAAAGUGGUUUCAAACUCUGUUCAGCUGUUGCUUCGCUUCUGCUGUUACACCGAAUAAGGACCGUGAACACCAACACUUCUCCAGGCAUCUGAACGAAUAGAAGGCCCUUCAGUUAAAUUUUGUAACUGGAUUUUGUUCUUCUCUAUUAGUUUGUUAUAAAUGAAGAAUGUUGUUUAAUCCUUC